CAAGGGCAGACCCGUAAUUAACCUCCCGCCGGUCUCGGCCUCAUGCUCGGCUCGAUAUAAACUCCACCGUUUUCGCAGUGACCACCUAAUUCGCUUGGGGAGGGGAAACGCAUCCUGCGCUCGCGAGCCCACAAUGGCGACGAGAAGAAUUCCGCGUCCUGCGGCCGUGGCGGUGGCUCUGUGCGCGGCGGCGCUGCUGGCGGCGUGCGCCGGCGCGUCGGCGGCUGGGUGCCGGAAGCACGUGGCGAAGGUCACGGAGUACGGCGCGGUCGGGGACGGGAAGAGGCUCAACACGGCGGCGUUCGCCAAGGCGGUGGCGGACCUGUCCGAGCGCGCGCGUGACGGCGGGGCGGCGCUGGUGGUGCCCCCGGGGAAAUGGCUCACGGGGCCCUUCAACCUCACCAGCCACUUCACCCUCUACCUCGACGAGGGCGCCGAGAUCCUCGCGUCCCAGGACAUGAAAGACUGGCCCCUUAUAGCUCCCCUGCCAUCGUAUGGGAGAGGAAGGGACGAGCCAGGUCCAAGAUACAGCAAUUUCAUUGCAGGAUCCAAUCUUACCGACGUCAUAAUCACAGGUAAAAAUGGGACUAUCAACGGGCAGGGGCAAGUCUGGUGGGACAAGUACCACGCCAAGGAGCUCCAGUUCACCCGUGGCUACCUCCUUGAGCUCCUCUACUCUAACAACAUCAUCAUCUCUAAUGUCACCUUCGUCGACUCGCCGUCAUGGAACCUCCACCCUACCUACUGCACUAAUGUGACGAUCAGUGGCGUCACCAUUCUCGCGCCGGUGCAUUCGCCAAAUACUGACGGCAUUGACCCAGAUUCUUCCUCGCAUGUCAAGAUCGAGGACUGCUACAUCGUCUCCGGCGAUGACUGCAUCGCCGUGAAGAGCGGCUGGGACGAGUACGGCAUCAAGUUCAACAUGCCGAGCCAGCACAUCAUCAUCAGGAGGCUCACCUGCAUCUCCCCCACGAGCGCCAUGAUCGCGCUGGGCAGCGAGAUGUCUGGCGGCAUCCGCGACGUGCGCGCUGAGGACAACAUCGCCAUCAACACGGAGUCCGCCGUCAGGGUCAAGUCCGGCGUGGGAAGGGGCGGCUUCGUCAAGGACAUCUUCGUGCGCGGCCUCAGCCUCCACACCAUGAAGUGGGUGUUCUGGAUGACCGGCAACUACGGCCAGCACCCGGACAACUCCUCCGACCCAAACGCCAUGCCCGAGGUCACCGGCAUCAACUACAGCGACGUGUUCGCCGAGAACGUGACCAUGGCCGGCAGGAUGGAGGGCAUCCCCAACGACCCCUACACCGGCAUCUGCAUAUCCAACGUGACGGCGCGGCUCGCCCCGGACGCCAAGAAGCUGCAAUGGAACUGCACCGACGUCAAGGGGGUGACCUACGACGUGACGCCCAAGCCGUGCCCGGAGCUCGGGGCGGAAGGCAAACCGUGCGCCUUCCCGGAGGAAGAGCUCAUCAUCGGCCCGCACGAAUUGCCCAAGUGUACCUAUUAAUGGUAGGUUGCCAAAAGAGAUUAGUAGCUCAGUGAUAGUCUAGAGAACCAGUGUCAAGUGUGUGAGAGAAAUGCAGCUGAAAUAAUAUAGUUCUAUCAAAAUAUUGUUCUUAUUUGCGUGUGGCUAUGCAUUUACACAUCGUUUCCAUUU